AGUUGCAAUUUGCCACGACUGCAGCAGUUUGCCCAGGUUUCGCUCCUCAAACAUGUGGAAGUUGGUGAGUUACUACGCUCUGUGCAUCUUUGUGUUCUCUCAGCUCCGUUUUGCGAGGGUUUGGGCAGACGAUGAAGUCAAGAUCGAGGUGGUGUUCCAACCCGAGACGUGCGAAAAAAGGAGCAAGAAAGGAGACCUGAUGAACGUCCAUUACGACGGAUUCCUCGCCAAUGAUGGAUCCCAGUUCUACUGCAGCCGAGACGACAAAGCCGGCCACCCGCAGUGGUUCAUCCUAGGCGUGGGACAAGUCAUCAAGGGCCUUGAUAUUGGGAUGGUGGACAUGUGCGUAGGGGAGAAACGGAAAGUAACCGUUCCGCCCAGCUUGGCCUUUGGAGAGAAAGGCAAAGGUCCAGUCCCACCCAACGCGACAGUGAUAUUUGAGGUGGAGGCCUUUGCAGUGUCCAGGGGUCCACGCAGCAUGGAAGCUUUUGCACAAAUAGACAUCGAUAAAGACCGGAUGCUCACAAAGAAUGAGAUUAAAGACUACAUAAAGAUGGAGUUUGAAAGAGAAGGCAAGCCAAAGGAUGAGUCCUACUACGAGAAGGUUAUCACCGACAUCUUCCGCAAGAGCGACAGCGACAACGACGGGAUCCUGAGUGCCAAAGAGUAUAACAUUUACCAGCACGAUGAACUGUAGUUGGUUCUAGUUCAGUGAUAUUGAAUGUGUGGUAUCGUUUUCUCUUGUCCGUGACUACAAAAAUGUGUUUUGGAUCAUAAGGCACUGACUUUUUAAAACUCUGAAAAAUCUGUAUCAAUGCAGAUGGUGUUUCGUUUUGUUCAACUGUAAAGAAUCACGAUAAUUCUGUCUAUUUAACCCUUCUGUUACAUUCAUUUCUCAGCAACAGCAAUAACGUCCCUGGGUCAAAUUGACCGAGGUGUGUUGAACUAUCCGAGACUGUCAGACAUGGAAUAAAAAUCCCCCAAAACAUUGUUUAUUAGAGUAUAUUGUUUUCUCAAGAAGAACAAUAACAUUCCUGAGUCAAUUUUACUAAAGUGGGGGUUGAGAUUUGUGUAUGAUUUUCUAAGACACAUAAAUAUUUAGCAUAGACUUCACUAUCAGUUGACGGGGAGCGGGGCCGCUCCAUAGGGGGCCUAUUUUCAAAAACUUAAAAUUCAGAUAUGUUCAAAACCAAAUCCGCCAUCAACCUUAAUUUAAAAACAAGCAUCUCCCUUAUGCAUAAAUGAGUCUCCAUGAGCAGCGGCAUGACAAAAUGCAGUCGCUCCCUAAUAAAAUCCUAAUUAUUUUUUAUAUAAGUAUAACAAAACUUGAAAUGGCUACAAAAUUCUCAGAUUUUAUGCUAGAUGCACAAAAAUCACCAAAUGGAGAGAU